UUGGCGUACACACUUUAUUGAUAAGGGGGAAACAAAGGUGUUUCGCUGGGGAGUAGAAUAACCGUAAAUUCGAUGCUAGUGGAUCGCAAUAAAAAGAACUCAACAUAUUAAGGGAGAAAUGUUGAACCAGGGAUUUGUUGUCUUAAGUUUGCUUGAAGUGUUUCUGGUAGGAAUGAUGGGAUUAACAUGUAGCAGUAGUAGUCUGCAGCGAGAGGCGGUUUUCUCGCCCGAGCAUCGAGCCCGACUCCUCGGCCAGUCGUCCCUGAAUAUCUCGGGCAUCUCUGCUGUAAGGUGUUCGGCCCGGUGUCUCCGUCAUCAUCGAUGUGUUUCUUUCAACUACGAUCGCAUCAAUCGAGUAUGUCAGCUGAACAACGCCUCGAGGGAGGAAGCUACUGGGUUAUUUCAUCAUCAAGAUGGCUACUCGUAUUAUGAACUGAAGAACAUCUCGACCUCCGCAAUCAACACAGGAUCACAGUUUGACGCCACAACCGAGCCCAAUGAAUCAACAACCAUUGCGUAUACCACGUUGCAAGAGUCUACAAUGGCAACAACGACCGGUCAAGCAUCUACAAUGGGAACAACUACCAAUCCUUGCAAAAACAAACUUGGUAUGGAAGAUGGCUCCAUCUCUGACGGCAGUAUCACCGCUUCAAGCAGUUGGAACGCAGAAGGGGGGUACAUCGACGUCAGCACUCCCGCCGAUGGACGUCUCAACAAAGUUCCCACACACGUGGAUAUCAUAGGUGCGUGGCAACCCCGCGUUGCAAACCUCGACCAAUGGAUACAGGUAGAUCUAGGCAGCCCGACCUACGUGACAUGCGUACUCAUACAGGGGCGUCAGGAUCAUACGAACCAAUGGGUGACCAAGUACAAAGUUCAGUUCAGAGAGACAUUGACGUCAUCCCUACUUGCUGUGAAUGAUGACUUCGGAGUGUCCCAGGUUUUUGAUGGCAAUGUUAACUCGCAUGGUAUUGUGGAAAGCUGCUUUGAUGCGCCCAUCCUGAUGACAGUGGUGCGCCUUAUCCCGGUGGAGUGGAACGAUUUCAUUGCUAUUCGGUUCGAACUGCUUGGCUGUGUUGUAUGAGCUGGCCACUCAUGCCGCCAUGCCUGACUGGUUUAUUAUUUUAUACAUAAC